AACGCAGCGCACCAUGAGUUCGGAUACGGUGCAGAUUGCGGUGCGGAUGCGGCCGUUCAACGCGCGUGAGAAAAAGCUCAAGACGGCCAAGUGCGUGGACAUGGUCGGCCAGAUGUGCACCGUGACGGAUCCCGAGUCGGGCAAGGAGCGGCAGUUCUCGUUCAACUACUGCUACGACUCGUUUGAACCGGGCUCGGAAAACUUUGCCUCGCAGGAGAUUGUCUUCCACGACCUGGGCACCUCGUACCUGGAGAACGCAUGGAAGGGAUACAACUGCUCGAUCUUUGCAUACGGACAGACCGGUGCCGGCAAGUCGUACUCAAUGACGGGCGCGCCGGGCCAGCCGGGUAUCAUUCCGCGCGGGCUGGCGGAGAUGUUCCGGCGGAUCGACGCCAACGACGACCCGGACCUCUCGUUUCGUGUCGAGGUGUCGUACCUGGAGAUCUACAUGGAGAAGAUCCGCGACCUUUUCAAUCCCAAGCAGGCGGUGCCGAGCCUCAAGGUGCGGGAGAGCCCAAAGCUAGGAAUUUUCGUGGAAGGGCUCAAGAAGAAGGAGGUUGGCUCGUACGCCGACGUGGAGCGGCUGAUGGAGAUGGGCAACACACUGCGAACAGUGGCGCAGACAAACAUGAACGCGACGUCGUCACGGUCGCACUCGGUGCUCACGGUGCUGCUGACGCAGACCCGGAUCGACCAAGAGUCGAUGACUGCGUCGGACAUGACGAGUAAGAUCAACCUCAUCGAUCUUGCCGGUUCUGAGCGGCAGAACAAGACCGGGGCGUCUGGCCAGCGGCUCAAGGAGGGCUCGGCCAUUAACCAGUCGCUCACGGCGCUGGGCAACGUCAUCGAGACGCUUGCCGACCUCUCACAGCUUGACGAGGCCAAACGGGCGCACUCGAAGCGGGUCGUCCCAUACCGCGACUCCAAGCUGACCCGGAUUCUGCAGGAGAGUCUGGGUGGCAACGCCAAGACGAUCAUGGUGGCGGCGAUUUCGCCGGCGGCCGACAACUUUCCCGAGACGCUCUCGACGCUGCGGUACGCGAACCGGGCGUCGAAGAUCCAGAACGUGGCGGUCAUCAACGAGUCGCCCAACGAAAAGGUCAUUCGCGAGCUGAAGGAGGAGGUGACCCGGCUGCGGGAGAUGCUGGCGACGGGCGGCAUAGACGUGUCGACCGGCGAGCCCGUGGAGGCGGCCAAGUCGGCCGAGAUGGAGGCCGAGCUCCUUGCGCUCCGUGAGCAGCUCUCGAAACAGUCGGAGUUUAUCCAGAUGAUGGGCCUGACGGCGGAGGAUCGCGAGGCGUUCAAGUCGCGGCGGCUGGCGGCCGACAUGGAGGAGAUGGAAGGCGACUUGCGCGAGCUGCACGGCAUCGACUUUGGGGUCGAGAUGACGACGCCGCACCUGGUCAACCUCAACAACGUGUCGCUGGCGUACUCGCUCGACGCAUCGCAGACGAGCCUCGGUCGGUCGCAUAAUUGCGACAUUGUGCUGGGCGGGGUCCUUGUCCAGCCGGAGCAUUGCUCCAUCACCAACGAGGGCGGCGUGUACACGGUUGUGCCGUCGUCGGCAACGGUGGCGGCGCAGUCGCGCGACGCCGGCGGGAUCUCGCGCGGUGGCGUGCUCUUUCUCAACGGUGAGCUCGUUGUCGAGCCUGUCCAGCUUGCGUUUGGCGACCGGCUUGUGGUGGGCAACAACCACUACCUGAUGUUUGAGGAUCCGGCCGCGCGCGAGACAGCGGGCGACGCCGCGCCGGUGUUUGACAUCAUGGCGGCCGUCAACGAGCUGCGGACCAAGGACACGUCGGCCAAGAUCGAGGCCGAGGCCGACGAGACCGAGGACGAGUCGACGCUCCGCGAGGCGCUGGAGCGGUCGCUGGCAGACGUGCGGCCCGCGCUGCGCGAGGCCAACGCCAUUGCGCGGGCCAUGGGCCGGUCGCUCACCUUUGAGUCGGCCUUUGUCUACGACAUGUCAGCCGGAGUGGCGUCGGCGGCGACAACGCUCAACGUCAAGGUUGUGCCCGGCAGCGACGACUCGACGCUCGAUGAGCCGCGGACGGUGACGCUCGACGACUUUGAGAACCGGCUCGACCGCAUGAAGGACGUGUACCACACGCUCCAGGAGUACGGCGCAGACGUGGCGGCCAAAGAGUGUGCGCUCGACGACCCGUUCCACUUUCCGCCCGAGGACGAGCGGUUCGGCCUCGCUCACGUCCUCCUCCUCGCCCUCACCGAAGGCAUCCCGGUCGGCCCGGCCAUGACCACGCCGAUUUGGGACGGUGACGGCGGCUACCUCGGGACGCUCCAGAUCUCCAUCUGGCCUGCAACCGCCGACGGCGCCGUCAUCGAGUACUCAGAGCUGCCAGAGGACUGGCUGCUACCGGGCACCACCGCGCACGUUAUUGUUGCCCUCGAGUCGGUCACCGGCCUCGCCGCCGACCACACCGACAUCUACCUCGCCUACACCUUCCCGGGCGCCGCCGAGCGGGUGGUCACACCGCUCUCGUCGCAGGUCGUCACCCACGACUUUGACCACGAGGCGCUUGUGCCUGUCAAGGUCACCGAGUCGCUGCUCGAGGCUUUUAUGCAGGGCGAGCUGGUCGUCGAGGUCUGGUCGGCCGUCGAAGCGUAGUCGGUGCCUCACCUCACUCCAGACACUGACAGAAAGCGCGCUUGAGGCAGCCGCGCGAGUGCGGAUGUUCAGCGAGCCACCAGCCCUGAAAGGAGGGCCCCGAAGUAAAGCCUGCAGCUAGGUC